GUUGGUUUUUAGUUGUUGCCUCAGUUCAGUUGCUUUGUUAACAUCAUGAUGUUUAAUUGAAUCUCACUAUUUUUUAGUAUUGUUAUUUAAUACUUUAAUUGUUCCUUUCAUAUGUUUACAUAAAUAUUUCUUCGAAACUCAUCCUCCAUGUUAAUUCACAGGAAUAAAGUUUAUUUUGUAAUGUAUGUUCUCCUCGGAUUUUGGCCUUAGUUGGUGUUUUUACAACAACAACUACAAGGGUCAACAUGUUACCCAAAAAAGUCUGUUUUCUUAUUGGAUUCACUUUGUGCCUCUUGGUACCCUAUUCUUUUGCUCAAGUUAUAGCACCACCUAAUCCACCCAGAGAUUUACAAAUAGAAGUUGUAUCUGGUAAAAUAGUUCACCUCGAUUGGAGUCCUCCUUCCUCUGGACAUAUCACUGCUUAUGGACUCACCAUCGUCCCAUUAUCAGAGCAAGACGAAACGGGUAUACGUAAUCUACAGGUUGCGGCAACAGAUGAUUUACCUUUAACUCUACGUGAUCUUACACCAGGAGGAACUUAUGAAAUUCAAUUGCAAUCAAUUAAUGGUAACAUCUCAAGUAAUCUUUUCUUGUCAGCCAAUUUUACCACCAAACCAAACACACCAGGACGUUUCAUCGUCUGGUUUAGAAACGAGACAACCCUGUUGGUGCUUUGGCAGCCUCCUUACCCUGCUGGUAUAUUUGAUCAAUACAGAGUAAGCAUUGAGCCUCGGGAUGCCAUCCAAUCAGUUCUCAAUGUUGACAAAGAAUCAGAACCCCCGGGUCCAGCUCAAGCAGCAUUUUAUGGAUUAGUACCAGGUCGAGCUUACAAUAUUUCCGUUCAAACAGUUAGUCAUACACAGAUAAGUACACCGACGGAAGCCAAAUACUGGACUGUGCCACUACCACCGACGAAUGUUACCUUUGAUCAAACCACAGUGACAUCUAAUUCAUUUGAUGUUAAGUGGUCACCGCCGAAAUCAUUAUCUGAAUUUGAUCGUUACCAAGUUUCAUUAAGCAUGAAAAGUUCGAUACCUAAAUCAGUACCCAAGGAUGCACCGCGAAUGGUAACAUUUAAUGAAAAUCUUGAGCCCGGAAAAACUUAUGAAGUGGUUGUUAAAACUGUUUCUGAUAAUGUUGCUAGUUGGCCGGUAACUUGUAAUGUUACCACUGCUCCCUUACCUGUUUCAGAAUUGAAAGCUUGGCCUGGAGAGGCAGGCGAGAUUAAUGUUUCCUGGGUUGCUAAUAAUGAUUCAGUUCAAGAUUCUUAUAUGGUUAAAUAUCAUGAACUGGAGGCCUUCAAUUCUGAUGGAUCAGUACAAGUUGUCCAUGAGACUAAAGUGGUUCUCGAAAAUCUACUUGAUGGCCGUAAUUAUUCAAUUGCGGUGGUUGCUGUGAGCAAGGGGAUUAAAAGUGAAGAAAUUGUGAUUUACCAACCAACCAAGCCAGCUCCACCAGUAAUUGGAAUCUUGGAGCCAGUCACUAAUAACAAACUAAAUGUUUCUUGGAAAUCAGAUGUAAACAGCCGUCAAGAUUCUUAUAAAGUUGUUUGGAUCAGAAAUGAUACCCAAGAAAAAGAGGAAUCUAUCACUAAAAACAAUUGGCUUCUUUUAGAAGGGCUUUUUCCUGGCGGGUCUUAUGCUAUCAACGUAUCUGCCAUUAGUUAUGGUCUGGUCAGUGAACCUCACACAUAUGAUAAAACUAUACCACCUCUACCUCCAGGAGGACCUCAAAUUGCCAAAGCUUCCAAUUCAACGGUAAUUUUAACCUGGACACAACCCAACCAGUCUCUGGUUGACCAUUACAUUGUUCGUUAUCGACCUGUUGGAUCUACAUUUUGGCGUGAAAUGGGAGUUAUUAACAUAACAUCAACAGAAAUUCGUGAUUUAGUUGCCGGUGAACGUUAUGUUUUUCGAGUUAAUACAAUUUCUAAUAAAGUAGAAAGUCCGGAUGUCCGUGAAAUAGAGCAAACAAUGUACCCAAAUGCAGUGGAAUCAGUUACUUACUCAAUAGGAUCUGAAAAUAUAACAUUUAAAUUAGUUACACCAUUAGGACGUGUUGAUUAUUACAUAAUUGUUUAUAAUACGGUUCGUGAACCCACUCAGCAAAACUCAAAACAAGUUCCAGCUGGUAACAAUACUCGUGUCGGAACUCUAGUGACCAUUGUAAUAGACGAGCUUACUCCUGGUGAUAUGUAUUCCUUCCGUUUUUACGCUGUUAGUCAUAAUCUUCGAAGUGAAGGGAUCGGUGUCCAAACCAGAACAAUGCCUGUGAUCAAUUCUGUAAUUAACAUUGUUACCGAUGAACAAGAAACUAAAACAUUGGGAAUCAAGUAUACACCAACACCUCGACGGAACGUUAUUUUUGAUCGAUAUCGGUUCCAAUUGGUUAGCGAUCAAUCAAUUCCUGCCCAAGAAAAAUUGCACAACGAUACAUCUCGCUUGGUUUUAUUUGAUAACCUAAUACCUGGUCGUUUGUAUAACAUCUCAAUAUGGACUGUAAGCGGCGGUGUCCAUUCUGUUCCAAUCAUCAGAGAAGUCCGUCUAUUUCCAGAACCAGUUCGCUCUCUGUCUGCCUUGAAAACUACCGAUACCGAAAUAACCUUGGUAUGGGAAGCUCCAAUCGGUGAUAAAGAUGGCUACGAGAUAACCUAUCUUGAUCCUCAGAUAACAAAUCGGCUGGUUCGAAAUAUUACUUUUGCAGAAAAGAUAUUCUAUUCUGGCUUGAAACCUCAUCAAAAUUAUUCCUUUGAAGUCACCACGCUCAGUGGAUAUGGAACCUCAACUAUGCUUCGAAGUUCACCCAUUUCUCAAACAUUUACCACCUCUGAAUCAAUUCCUGGUCGAGUUGCUCUUUUCCAUUCAAUUGAUGUUAAACCAAAUGAGAUUACACUGAAAUGGGAUUUACCAGUUUCAGAGCAAAAUGGUGUUAUUACUGGUUUUAAUAUAUCUUAUUAUCCAAAGGGUAAUCCGGUAAUGAAACACCAAUCUUUUGGGCCAACAGAAAAUCAGGGAACAAUUUAUCAACUAAUUCCAGGCAAGGUCUAUGUCUUCCAAAUUCAAGCUCACACCAAAGUUGGACCUGGAUCAAAGGCUACCUGGGAAGAAGCCAUGCCUAUUUGGCCACCGCCUUUACAUUUACCCAAUAUUGUGCCCACUGAGGUGGGUCACACUUCUACAACCAUUCGUGUUCGUUUUAGGAAAAACUUUUUCUCCAACAUGUACGGUCCCAUAUUGGCUUACACCAUAAUUGUUGCCGAAGAUGAUACAGGAGACACUCGACUGUCUGACCUUCCCUCUUGGCAUGAGGUUCAGAAAAAGUCAACUUGGCCUGCUUACCAAGUUGUUGAACCCUAUUAUCCUUUUAAUGGCUCUUUAGUUGAAGAUUUUACGAUUGGAUCAGAGGAUUGUUUAAAUUCAAAUGCCAUUAAGAAAUAUUGUAAUGGUCCCUUAAAAUCUGGUUCAAUCUACAAGGUUAAAAUUCGAGCUUUUACUGCUCCUGAUAAAUUCAAUGAUACACUUUAUUCUUACCCCAUAGCCACGGAUCCAGAUAAUACUGCUUUGUACGUGGGAAUUUUCCUCCCAUUGUGUCUCCUUAUCCUUCUUGGUUUCAUCAUUUUGGUCUUGAAGCGUAAACGUCUUGGUCCAUUCAGUUCAAGAAUCAAGAAAAAUACCAAAUCAAUUCCACAUAUGGGUGGUAAAGAGGAUGCUCUUUCCAUUGCUGAAAGUGAACUUGUAACAAGCCGUCCCAUCAAAUUAAAGGAUUUCUCUGAACAUUAUCGUAUCAUGUCUGCUGAUUCAGAUUUCCGUUUCUCAGAGGAAUUUGAAUUGCUUAAAUAUGUUGGUCGUGAUAAACCAUGUACAGCAGCUGAUUUACCAGUUAAUCGACCCAAAAAUAGGUUUACAAAUAUUUUACCAUAUGAUCAUUCUCGUGUUAAACUGUUGCCCACAGAUGACGAGGAAGGCUCAGAUUAUAUCAAUUCAAAUUACAUUCCUGGUUACAAUUCACCAAGAGAGUUUAUUGUUACCCAAGGACCUCUACAUUCAACGAGAGAUGAUUUUUGGCGCAUGAUUUGGGAACAAAAUUCUCGAGCCAUUGUAAUGUUAACUCGUUGUAUUGAAAAGGGCCGUGAAAAAUGUGACCGUUACUGGCCUUCUGAACCUCAACCCGUUUAUUAUGGUGAUAUUCAAGUAACAGUGCUCAAUGAAUCCCAAUAUCCUGAUUGGUCCAUCUCCGAGUUUAAAGUCAUGAGGGGUGAUCAAUCCAGGAUAGUUCGUCAUUUUCAUUUCACCACCUGGCCUGAUUUCGGGGUUCCUGAGCCUCCAAUAACCUUAGUCAAAUUUGUCCGAUCAUUUAGAGAAAGAGUAUUACCUGAUAGCAACAAACCUAUUGUUGUACAUUGCAGUGCUGGUGUUGGCCGAUCAGGCACCUUUAUCGCUUUGGAUCGUAUCUUACAGCAUAUCCAAAAAUACGAUUAUGUUGAUAUUUUUGGUAUUGUUUAUGAAAUGAGACGAGAAAGAGUUUGGAUGGUUCAGAAUGAGCAACAAUAUAUCUGUAUUCAUCAGUGUUUACUUACUGUUUUGGAAGGUAAAGCUGACCUCUUGGACUCGCCCAGACCUGAAAUGCAUCUUAAUCCUGGGUUUGAUGAUGAUGAAGGUAUCGCUGAAUCUGGGAUCUGAGAGUUUACUUGAUUAUUGUUAGCUAAUUAACGGUGAACCUGACUUGUCCAAACUCGGAGGCCUGAAUUGGAUUGAAUUUUAUUUUCUUUUGCUCUAUUUAUUUAACUGAAACCAAAUCAAAUCAGGGCUGAUAUAAAUCAUGAAAGAAUUUGCAAGACUGGAAAAGCACAAAACAAUGAACUUUGAUUUCAAGGAUCGCCAAGAAUGAAAAAAAGGAUGAAAUUAAAUUUAUUCAUCGAGAUUUUAUUUUUCAAUGUUCAGCUCAACGAUAAUCAUGAAAAGAAUCAACAAAUCAAAAUGUUUCUUCUGUUAAAAAUUGAAUCUAAAAUUAUAAUAUCAUAAUUUCAAGCUCGUUGGAAGUUAAUAAUUCAAAGACUGGAAUCAAGUUUUAUACAAUAUUUGCACCAAAGAAUGGUAUUUAAAAAAAGUAUCUUUAUUCUUCUCAUGGUUAAUGGAAGAAAACCAUCGAAUCAUUGAUCACUUAUCAAAUCAAUAUAUCAAAUUCAAGAUCAGCCGACACUCAAUUAUGAGACUGAAGAAGCGAGCAAUCAACAGUGGAUCAUAAUCAAGACAAUUUUAGCAACAUCUAAGUCAUAGUUUUAUUGAUUAACGAAGCCCCAAUCAUCUCAACACUUCCAAUUCAUCCAGGAGAAAAUGAAUUUCCAAUUUAAUUGUUUCCCUUUUCUCCUCUCAAAUUACUCAAUUUAGAUCUGAUAUUGUAAUAUUUGACAAAAAGCGAUGUUACAGUGCCAUUUGUUUCUCUUAUUUUCAUCAUAAGCGAAAGGAUAAACAUUACUCAAAGUCCAUUUUAUUCAUUACUGGACACGGCUAAAUCUUGUAAAAUCAACCCUUCUUUUGACCUUUUCAACAUCUGACUGAGAAUUAAUUCAUAUAUUAAUUUUUUUGUAAUCUCUGCCUCACUAUCAUCACUCAUUUCAAACAAAACAAUCUAAUUUGUUUAUUAUGUAAAUUUUUGUUCCUCAUCAAAUUUUCCCUCUUCUCUCAUCAUCAUCUGUUAAAUAUAAUGUUCAUUUAUCUAA